AUGGGAGCUUUCUACCGAUUUAUUAAUUGGUCUGAAAGAAAACAAUUAUGGUCAAUUUUAUUAUGUCAAAUUACACUCGUUACAUUUAGUUGGUAUUAUAUUGAAAAAAUGCAAUCAAACAACGAAUGUUCUGAAAUGUUAAGACAAGAUUAUAAUUUUAUUUCACCAUAUAUCAAUGUGCCGGAUAAUUGUACGUGGUGGACCAUUUUUUGGUUUCGAGUAAAUCGUUAUACAGUUUAUACAGUUGUACUCCUUUUUGUUCAUGUUUUGAAUGAGUAUUAUAUAUCGCUAUAUCAUACGAUCAUGUACGUAUAUACUUGGGUAGGUUUAAUGGUUAAUACUGAUCGAACUCACCGACAAAAUAAUAUUUUUUAUCGUGAUGCACCAUAUUUAUUGUGUGUAUUAUCAAUGAUUCUAUAUCUUGAAAAGAAACCUUUUAAUGAUUUAAAAGCAAUCAAACGAAGCCUUGAUAUUGAUAUGGUGAACGAUGAACGAUUAUUCGCACUAGAGAAAGCAAAUAGUCAAUGUUGGAGCGAGACCAUUGGUAAAAUUAGACAAUGUGAGAGUAAUGUCAAAAUUCAAGAAAUCAUUCGACAAAUGGAUGAACAAAUAGCAAAGAAUCAUUUGAUAUAUCAACUUUCAGAUAAUCCAGUGUUUCCUCGACCAGAGCAGAAGAAAACAACAUCUUUUUUAAUAUGUUUAUUUAUGGAAUAUUAUUUUUUUUUAUGUGCAUUGGCUGUUUGGAAUUAUAUACUGUUAUUUUACUAA